AUGACUAAACGCGUCGAAGUUACCUAUAAUGACAUGGCUACACUUAACGAUGAACUGCUUAUUAAAGAAAAAACAUUUCGACAAUAUGCGAAUUUAUAUUAUGUACGACUAUUAGGACUGAGAACUUAUGUAUUAAAUGCAGCACAAAAAAAAUGGGAAACCAUUUUAAAACCAAAUACAGCUGAUACAGUUAACAAAAUUUUGGAUGUAAAGUUUGGUAUGACGUGUUGUAUCGUUGGAACUGUUUAUAUAGAAAUGCGGUUCAAACCAAAUAUUCUUGAUGAUGUUACAAAAGAACAUUGGGCUCCACCGUCUCCACCACGUCAAAAAUAUUGUAAUGAUGAUGAUGAAUUCUUCUUGGAAGACGAAUCAGGAAGAAUCAAACUGACUGGUGAUAUUCUAAAAAAAGAAAAUAUAGUAACAGGUGUAAUAAUGGCAGUGUUAGGAAAAGAAAGUUCAGAUGGAAAUUUUGAAGUCAGUGACAUAUGUGUUGCUGGACUUCCAUAUCAACAACCAAUGCCAAUUAUUACAGAUGAUAAAUAUAUCGCACUUAUAAGCGGAAUGAAUAUUGGACCAAAUUAUUCAUCGGCAUUACAAUUACAAAUGAUGACAGAGUAUCUUAAUGGCGAAUUAGGAGAUUCAUUUGAGCAAAAUUUUACAUCCAAAAUAGCUCUAAUGAUAGUUGCUGGUAGUAGUUUGCAGGAAGUAAAGGUGGUUGAAGAUGACAAGAAAGAAAAAAAGUAUGGAUAUGAUAGUUCAUCAUACAAUGCUCAACCGCUUUUUGAUUUAGACAAUACCCUUAAUGAAAUUUGUUCAGAAAUACCCGUUGACAUAAUGCCAGGAAGUAAUGAUCCUGUCAAUACAUUUUUGCCUCAACAACCUAUUAUACCAAGUCUAUUACCAAAAUCUUGCCAGUAUUCAACUUUUCGCCGCGUUACAAAUCCUUAUUGGUGUGAGAUUGAUGGUGUUGUAUUCUUUGGUACAUCAGGUCAAACAAUUGAUGACAUUGCUAAAUAUGUAAACAGUGAAGAUAAACUUAAAUUAGCUGAGCAAACGUUAUAUUGGAGACAUGCUGCACCGACUACUCCAGAUACUCUUUGGUGUCAUCCAUUCAGAGAGUGUGAUCCUUUUAUAAUGAAACAAACGCCACACGUAUAUUUUGUCGGAAAUCAGAAAGAAUUCGCUACAACUAUUAUAAAAGGGCCAGAACAACAGCGUGUACGAAUAAUUUUGUUACCAUCAUUUUCUGAAACUGGAAAUAUUGUUUUAGUAAAUUUGAAAAAUCUUGAUUACUUAAUUUUGAAAAAUAUGUCACAACGGAGUAGAAUCGAAAACGUACCAAUCUUCGCACCUUUUCCUCAAACCAAUGUUUGUAUUCCAAAUGAUGAUCUCGUCAACCAAAUUAUUGCGUCCAUUGAUCCAGCUGUAAUUUUAAAGAUCAGACAACAUACUUAUCUAGAAAUUAAAGAUUUAAUCGCUCCAAAACCAAAAAAGAACCGUAAUAGACAAAAGAUUCCACGUCCACAAAAUCCUUUUGUGAUAUUUCGUAGGAAUGAACAAGCGAAAAUGGCAACCGGUUUAGAUCCAAAAAUGAAAGAAUCGAUGCUUGCCUUCGUAUCAAAAGCUGCUGGAAAAGAUUGGAAAACUGCUAAUGCAGAAGUGAAAAAUGUAUUCAAUUAUUUGGCACAAUUAGCCAAAAAAGUUCACGAAGAAACUUAUCCUGACUAUGUUUAUCAACCAAGAAAGAAAAUUGAUAGAUCUAAUUUUCAAAAUUCUACAUUACGCAACGGCUGUUUCAUUAAUUCACCUAUUCCAGAGUUCCAAUCCACUCCGAAUUAUUCAAAUUUUUGGCCUGAAAAUCAACAUUCAAGUUAUGCAAGUAAUUAUCAUUCUAUUUCAACUUCCUUGGAAGAAAACCGAGAAGUCUGGCCUGAUUCUUCUAUAUUUCCCUGCUCCUUUUUUCCAUCCAAAUACCUACCUUCUAUUCGGUCAUUGGUUGAUUCGGCCACUCCUAACGCGCCAAAAUCACCGAUUCCACCAUGCUCAUCAACUUUUACACAUUCUAAUUCAUCCACGACAUUAUCUAAUUAUCAAUCAGAAACGAGAUCAUCACUUUUUAAACCUUUAACAAUUUACAGUAGAUCAACUACUCUUGGCGUAUCAGACUCAGAUCGUACUUUACCGCCACUUGAAGUUAAUAUAUCAAAUUAUACAACAAAUUAUUACGAUAGAAAUCUACUUACAUCUUUAUUACUUUAA